UUCUACCGAGGCGAGGUUAUUUGUGUGAAGUCUUCUAUUCAGCUCGUUGCGCAAAUUGUGAUAAUAUUUGCCUUCAUUUUAACGUUAGUAGAAUCUUUAAAAAAAUGACCGCAGAACAGCCUAUCUACACGCCAUUUUUCGGCGUCAUGGGUGCUACAUCAGCCAUGGUGUUCAGUGCUCUGGGUGCUGCGUAUGGUACGGCUAAAAGUGGAACAGGUAUUGCCGCCAUGAGUGUUAUGAGGCCGGAAUUAAUUAUGAAAUCAGUUGUUCCAGUAGUCAUGGCUGGUAUUGUUGCCAUUUAUGGUUUAGUCGUAGCACUGCUAAUAUCAAAUGGACUUGUUGAUGAUGGUUCAUAUACUUUAUUCAAGAGUUUUGUUGAUCUUGGUGCUGGACUGAGUGUAGGUCUGAGUGGUUUAGCUGCAGGUUUUGCAAUUGGAAUAGUCGGAGAUUCUGGUGUUCGCGGGACCGCACAACAACCACGAUUGUUUGUUGGUAUGAUUUUGAUUCUCAUCUUCGCAGAAGUGUUAGGUCUCUACGGACUUAUAGUCGCUUUGCUCCUAACUACUAAAUAACUUUCACCACUGAUGUUGCUUGUUUGUUUGUCUGUCUGUCUGUCUGUGUUACUAAGCCUUCCUGGGAUCAUAGAAGACUGACCUCAUCAAAUCGUGACAAUUGUACGAUUAAAUUGUAGAAAACAUUUGAAGAGUGGUCAACUAAUGAACUUUUAUUGUUUCUUUGUCUUUUGUAUUAUUUUGAAUCAAUGUAAGGUCUAAAAUUAUUUAGUUCUGGCAUGAAAAAGAAUGUUUAUGUUGCUGUACUUUUUUUUGUGUUAAGUAUAAACAUUGGUACGUAAUUCUGAAUGUAUAGAAAUAAUUUUGACAUACCGUACCACAAGAUGUGUAGUGAAUCAUGGUGCCAUCAUUAGUACCAGCAUCUCAAAUUGAAUGUCUAUCUUUAGACCCCUAUAGCCUUCCUUGUAGCCAGAUGUUCACAUUUCAUUAUGACUGAGAAACAAAUACUGUUCAUCAUUUUUUUAUAGCUAAUAUAGACAAUUUAAAAAAUGUAAUCAAUCAACCAGAAGUGUGAAUGUCAAUCUUUACAUUAUUUAUUUGCCUGAACCAAAAAAAAAUCAUCUUCGUUGAAUUGAGUGACUGAAUGUACUCGCAUGUAUAGAUAGUGUCCAUUCUUAGAGAGCUUAUCUCUUAGUUUCAUUCAUUAUGUGUACAAAGUCACCACUGGUGGAAAUGUGUUAUAAAUAAGAUUAUACAAAAAUUGUAUGCAGAUGAAAAGUAAUAAAAUAGUGAUACAUGUA